AAGUAGUGAGCGUCAGCUGUUCCGUGGGAUGCAUAGGACUCAGGAGUUGGAGGUAGGUAAGAAAGUCACUACAGACAGUCAGUCAAUCAUGGAUCGAUAAAAUACAUUGGACAUUGGCUGGAUGAGGUGAACUCCGUAGACGCGUAGAUGACAGAGUUACUUGACUAACUAGAAUUUAAAACAGAGCUGGACUGUAAGUCGGAGCUGACAUUGUACAAAGAGCAAUAACAACAGAGCUAAAUGGUACCGAGAGUCGUGCUGAUGGAUGAACCUCGACUGAGCCCAAAUCAAAGAGCUGGUCGAUUUAUACGGUUUGUGAAUGCGUGCUACAAAGUCCGAACUAAAUUAUGUCAUUGUUCGAGUGUGAAUCACCUGCAAGGGCUCGUUUCUCACAGUACCCUCCGCGACCACUGGGUGGCGACCGCGUAUCUUUAAAGCUUGCGUGGAAACAAGCGACAGACCUGAACAGACACCGGAGCCCAUAGAGGCCCAUGUUCAGGCAGCCUGCGAAGUUCGUCUGAAAAGUUCUAUUGCGGAUUUUGCUCAUGAAAUUGUUCGAUCGCUAACACGCACAGAACCGGGCGCUCCACCUCUUCCCGUGUGCAGGAAAAGCAUUCAGUCCAAUGCCCCCUUGUUCCAACGUUUGAUUCCCUUUAACUUUUACUGGCAGAUGUAAACGUGUUACUGUAAACGCUGCCGGGUGUCUGUGCUUCUUCCUGAAGAGAACACCCCCUCAAACGGGUGAUUUGCAUUCUUUUCGCGAUCACUUUAGUGCUUUUUGCAUGUUGCUGAGACCACGGGAAAGAGAGUAACGUUAGCACCAUUAGUGUCACUACGGUUCUCGUGAUAACUUCGAUUUCCCAGAAAAGAGUGUCACCUCUCCUUUUAAUGCCAAGCCUUUUAAAAUAGCUACAUGCACACUACAGCUGUACAGUCUGCUGUAUCACCAAGGCAAUGAAACCUGAUACUAGUAUAAAACAUGUCGGGGUGCUUGGUUCAAAGGAAUUGUUUAUAAUGAGGAAAUUGGUAAAAGCAAAAUAAGAAUUAUUUUCCAUUUUAAUGAGGGACCCCUUAAAACCCUCCCGUGACCUCUAAAGGGCCACGAACCUGAGUUCUGGAGCAGUGCGUAUAAUUUGUUAUAUGCUAUAAUUUAUUAUGAAUGGCCUAAACUUGCUGCCCUCCACGUGGGUGUGGAUGUCGCGUUCCCAUUGGCUCGCCGUCCGCAGCGUCCUGAAGGAGCUCUGCUGUGAUUGGCCGGGCUGCGUCGGGGGCUGUGGGCGUAUUUUAUCGAUGGUGGAAGUGGGAUACUUUGUGACAGUCUUCACCGUCGAUGUUUCGCUGGAGGUGCCGUAGGUACGAGUGCGUGGCGCGGAGCCUCUCGUCUCUAUCCGUCUGAGGCCGUGCAGCUUGCGGAGCGUGUGCUUUCCCAGCAAACGCGACCGAACGGGAACUGGUUUUGAUUUUAUUCUUCUUCCCUUUUCGAGCCCGGGCGGUGUUGGUGUUUAAAUGUAACCUCCUGCCUGAAGGAGCGUCCGUGGCGUUUUUCUGCUGACUGCGUACUCGCGCGUCCGCCUGGCGUCGGCGCGUAUAUGUAGCAUUUAGGGAGACGCUGGAGACGGCAACAAAGAAACGGGCCCAACAAAGAGAGCGCGUGUAGUAGAGAUCUGGAGGAAUACUCUCAUUUAUCCGGACUCUCGGAGAGCGAGCGAGCGAGCGAGCGAUCGAGCGGAGGCACCAGCGAAGCGAGGCGGCUGUGAACGCUGCCUGUGACUCUUAGGCAGAACCAGGGACGCUAAGGGACGGACCGUCUCCACCACGCCGCUGACCCUGUCCUCUCCCCCCGGCUCUGCUCGCCUCGUUUCCCCCCCCCUCCUCCCUCCCCCGAACACAGGUUAUCGGAUGGACCAGCACCCCAGCGCCCGGAGCUGCACCAGUCGCGGCGCUUCGUCUUGCGAGGCCGUCCCGACGGAGCCCUCCAUGAAUCUGUACAUCCACUCCACCACCGGCACACGCUUCGAGCUCUCCCUGCCCCUGGAGGAGACCGUGGAGGGACUGAAGAGGAGGCUGUCGCAAAGACUCAAAGUCCCCAAAGAGAGACUCGCUCUGCUGCACAAAGAGACGCGACUAAGUUCAGGCAAACUCCAGGAUCUAGGCAUCUCUGAUGGGAGCAAGUUAACGCUUGUACCAACAGUUGAAGCAGGAUUAAUGUCUCAAGCAUCAAGACCCGAACAGUCAGUAAUGCAAGCUUUGGAGAGCUUAACAGAAACUCAGGUCAGUGACUUCCUGUCCGGCCGCUCUCCCCUCACGCUGGCGCUUCGCGUUGGCGAUCACAUGAUGUUUGUCCAGCUCCAGCUGGCGGCACAGCAGUCUGGCGGUCCCCAGCUCCAGCACCGACACCUCAUCACCCGGGGAAACGCAGAGACUGCAGUGGGACAGCCCACGGGGCAGCCCCGUGUCCCCCACCCUCACCCACACUCCCACCAUCCCCUCCAUCAUCCCCACAGCCAUCAUAGCGCCCAGUUGUCCCAGCCCCAUCCUGUCCCGACCUCCCCCUCCUCCCCUGGCUCUCCUUCCUUCCCCGUGCCCUCCACGCACCACCAGCCGCUACCUCCCAUUUACCACCAAACGCCCUCCUCCGCCCACUUAAGCCCACCCACUCCUCCUCCCCCAGCUCACUCCCCUCGCCCCUCCCACAUCCCAGGAGGUGUUUUCCGCUCUCCAGCCCAUCAUCAUCAUCAUCACCACCACCACCACCACCACUAUCACCAGCCUUCCUCAGGCCAGCCCAGCCAUGACGUAGGCCGGGACAGCACUGUAGCCCCAGUCCUCUGCUCGGAGGCAAACUGCAGCAGCAGCAGCCCCAGCAGUGGCACCAGUCCCUCUGCGCGCUCCCGUAAACCAGGCGCCAUCAUCGAGAGCUUCGUGAACCACGCUCCGGGAGUCUUCUCAGGGACCUUUUCAGGCACUUUGCACCCUAACUGCCAGGACAGCAACGGGCGUCCCAGACGAGAUAUCGGUACCAUCCUGCAGAUUCUCAACGACCUCCUGAGUGCUACACGCCACUAUCAGGGCAUGCCCCCCUCCCUCACCCAGCUCCGCUAUCAGACGCAGUGCGGUUCUCCCACCUCCCCAUCCCCCUCGCCGCCUCCCUCUCCCCCAGUCGCUGGCAUGGCGGACCUCUCUGCCAAAGCUACCUCUGUGCCUGCUGGCAGCCCUAGAAGCGCUCUGCCGACUCUUCAUCCGCUGGUGCAGUGCCAGAGCCAGAUCAGCAUGUGCAAACCCCCUGGCGACCGCGUACGUCAGACUGAGAACCGCGCCACUCGCUGCAAGGUGGAGCGCCUGCAGCUGCUGAUGCAGCAGAAGCGGCUGCGCAGGAAGGCCCGGCGGGACCAGCGCGCUCCCUACCAGUGGCUGCCCAACCGCAAGGCUGGACGCAGCAACAGCAACAGCAGCAUGUCCAGCGAGGGCUCCCUGGACCUGGACUUUGACGAUUCUGUGUGGAAACCCGACGUCAAGGCCGACCUGAAGUCCGAGUUCGUCAUGGCCUGAGCCGUCUGAUCCCACGCGCUGGGGAUUAGAUUCAAAGAUGUGCAGAGCGUUGCUUGGGAUUCACCUAGUUGUGAGAUGUAUUUUGAGGGAGUGGAUAUGGCAGGACACACACAAACUGUGCAAAGAGGAAAUGAACGUGGCAUCGGCCACGUGGAACAGGAAGUCCCUGCAGACACUCUGACCUUCACACUUGACCUUGUGGAAAAAGCUGCCGCCGCGGCAGAACUUUGCGACGAUGCUUGGAUUUGAACAGACUUGACGGUGUACAAGACUUUGGAGGGUACAAUCACGGCGAUCAUACCCGAACUUGAGCAUCGCAGAAUUCAGUGGGUGGUGGUGGUGGUGGUGGUAUUUUCAGAUGUUUUGUUUUGUUUUUCCUAAGAUUUUUUUUUUGUAAAGCGCACUCUGGACAGCAAUGAAGAGAUGCACACUGGACUUUUUAACAGGACGGGAGAGCCGGAGGCCUCAGUGUUUCCUAACCAGAAAGGCAAAACCGCCGAACUAUGGAUUAUUCCAAGGGGCAUUCUUCUUGAUCUCUAAACUCACCAACCAGAGUCCAGUUUUUACCUGUUACGGGGUGGUUAAACUUUUUUCUGUUGUUUUUUUUUUUUUCCCCAUUUUGAAACAUAUUAUAUUUUAUAAACAAAAAUAUGUAGCAUUGUUCACAAAGCAUUCAGGUUUUCAUAUAACAGUUCAAAGUAGUCGUUGAUUUGCACAUUUUCUUGAUUCAUAACAGCUGGUCAAAGUGUGCAAGAGGAGGAGGUGGGGCCUGAAAUAGAAUAAAAAUGAAUAUGGAAGUAUUGAUAUCAACCUCAGCGACGUAGGGUAUUGAGAGGAAUGAUUAAUGAAUAAACAAAAUGAAUUCAUAUUAACAGAAAGUGCUUUAGAGGAUUUAAAAAUCUUUAAAAUGUAUAUGGAAAACAAAUCUAUUUUUAUUUCUGCUGUUUUCAAAAAAUGGCAGCCGCCUGUGGCUUCAGUCAAGUCGUUGACGACCAUCAAACACAUGCGCGCAUCUAAUCAUCCGUCAUAAAUUCCAGCCACAACAGAUGUUACAGAAUGAUAAUCUCAUGUCGAAACGUUGGGUCAGAACUGUACAAGGGGUUUGUAAUAGUUUAUGUACAUAAAUGUGACAAUUGGCCAAGCUUGAUGAGGGCGUGUAUGUUUGACUUUAGUGUAAUUUGUUCAGGAAUCUCCCAUGUUUUUGUCUGAAUCGUCUUCUCCCAGAUUGGCCCGUAUUUUACCAAAUCAUCAGCAUCGGCUACAGUGAGAACUAGCAGAACAGGAAACCAACACCAACAUAGUGAUUUUCGGAAAUUGGCCCUAAUUUUAAACAGUUAUUUUUUUUUAUUGGCAAAGAUGGAGAAGAAGUGGGAUCUGUAUCCAGCAUCAUUAUCUAGUGCCUCCACCAGUACAUCCAUUGACAUAUCAGGUCAGGCCUUUCACAGUGUUGCUGCUACACACGGGGACUUCAAAUGGAGAAAAAAAAAAUAAGUGGGAGGGAAAGUGACUUUUCUUUGCAUGCAGAAGUGUGAAUUUACACUGACCUUUUUUUUUUUUCUAUUGAUGGAAGAAAAAAAAAACUGAAACUGGUGCUGUGGGAAUGAAGGUUGACAACAUGCAUGAAUUUGUGAAGAAAAUAAACAAUGCUGCUUUUGAUGGUUAGGUUUUUUUUUUUGGUUUUUUUUUUGUAACUUUUUAAUUCUUUCAAUGUUAGAACAACGGCGUCCUGCUAAAGUAUUACGACGCCCAAACCAAAACAGAUGAAGUGACGUGUGGACUCUUGCUCAGCGCUGAACAUUCCUGUUGUGUGACAAUGAAGACGAGCGAAGAGCAAGUGACUCUCUCGUGUUCUCUCUCUCUGUCUCCCUCUCUCUCUCUCUCGCCCUCUCUCUCUCCUUCCCGGCGGCUGGUCUUCGGCCCCGGUGACUCGCGAGCACCCAGACGGCCGACGAACCGCUCGGCCUCGCGUGGACACAUUCGCAGGGAACCAACAGAGCAGUGGAUUUCCAGCACUGUCCGUGAAGCCUCCUGCAGACAAGCGUCCGCCCCGCCUCCUCGUCCGUGCGUCCGUCUGUCUGAUCGACCACCCUACCACUAUUGCACUCCCAGAGAUUGCAGUGAGAGAUUACCUUUUGGGUGAACCUCAUCUUUUUUUUAAGUGGCCUUACCUUUCACUAAAAAAAUUAGACACUUGGGGACAAUGGGGGCGGGAAUGUUUAGGUUUUUUUUCCUUUUCAUUUGGUUUUUAAACUAUGUGUAUCGUUGUCGGACUUGUUGUCACUGAGGCGCAUUUUCUUUCGUCACUGAGGACACUGGGCAUCUGUUGUUUUGUGCUUUUAGCUGGUGGAGUCUCUAUUAUGUCAAGGCUUCUGUGCCUUAAAAUGUUGCCCUUGCAGUGUCGGUGUCAGAUUUGAGCUUGUUUUCAUCGGUCAAUACACACAACUGUAGUAUUUGCAGCCAUGUGAGACGAAGACCUUCGCUUGUUUGAGUGAACCAAACGUUGUUUAAAAAUGCUGGUGUUGUUCCUCCAAUGCCGUCUUUGUCCCAUUUCUUCGUGUCGCUCCGCUUGUUGGUCUCCGUUGUCCAACCCUCGCACCCCCCCGCUCCUCACACAGCCUCACCAACACGGCGCCAACGCCCACCAACCUGUACGACGUCAGAGUCAGAGUAAGACACGUCCUCUGAGGACUCCAGACUACAUGCACUUCCUGUUUCCCUGGACACGACAUAACGGACAACUCACCCCCCAGCCCCUCCCACAUUUUAUUUAAUUUUUCUUUUUGUAUAUGUAUGAACUAUACUCUGUGUGUGCCUCACUUCUGUGUGAAACGCAAAAAGACGAAGCAAAACAAAAAAGAUGACAAAAGCAUUACAGAGAGGAUAAAAAAAUGUAUGUUGGUGGAAUUCUGAUCACGUCAUUUAAGUUGCCUGUUCUUUCUUGUAGCCAACUAUUGAAAAUAACAGGAUUCAAGAAUACAAUUUACAAUGUUCUAGCUCUAGACCGGUGUAGCACAUGUGUGACUGUAUUAAUUUAUGAAACCAAAAUGGUAACUGUGAAUUAUGUAUUUCUUUUUGCAUUUUAUUUUUUAAAGCGGGGGAGACGGUUGUCGGGACACGGCAGCAGCUGAUGCUCGCGUCCGGAAAAAAAAACUUCUUGUUUUUUGGUGGAAUAUAAUGGAAACAUGUUUCCGAAAAAGAGAAAAAAACGACCCAAAAAAAUUAAAAAAUGGAAAAAAUAUAUGAAUAUAUUUUUUUUCUUAAGCAAUACAUUUCAGUGUGACUUGUGAUAGAACAUUUUUCUUUUUUUAGGUAAUAAAUAAAAAAACAAAAUGAGUACAUCA